CACACACACACACACACACACUCCCUCGCUCUCUCGGAGCAGCAGGUCUCUGGAAGCAGCCAAAACUGUCAGUGACUGUUGCUAACACAUGCUCGCUCUCAGCUCAGCUCUCUCUUCAGUUGCUGCCAAGGAAGGAGGAGGAGGAGGAGUAGAAGAAGAAGAAGUGAGGUUGGAAGGAGCAGACUGAAACACACAGAUAGAAAGAGGAAGAGAGAAAGAGAGAGAGAGAGAGAGAGAGAGAGAGAGAGAGAGAGAGAGAGAGAGAGAGAGAGAGAGAGAGAGAGAGAGAGAGAGAGACUUGGACCAACCUCUGACUGCUUACUUCUCGCCUCUGCCUGGCUGACUGUGUGGGAGACUGGAGGCAGCCUACAAGUGAUGCCUCACACACUCUGGAGCAGCACCUAGUCUUGCUGUUUUUCAAUUUUUCCCUUCUCUCUCACCUCUUCUGUAAUGAUGAGGAGAGACCGUCUCUUCUUGGCCGCAACCCUCACAGCCAUCUUCUCUGCUGACCUGUACUUCAUCCUCCUGCCAAAGCUGCGGAGCAUGGGGCAAGGAUCGGGAUACUUCUGCGCGUGUGGUGACAACAACCUCACCCUCCCCAGGCAGGGCGGCCUCGCCACCCCGCGUCUUUCCAACUGGACCUUUGUGCCGCCCCUGUAUGGUGCCACAUCUGGACCCACGGAUGGGGGCUCGAAGCUGGGGAGGCUUUUUGCUCAUCCUCUGUAUAACAUCCAGACUCCAGUGCUCGGGCUGGAGGAGAAGCUGCUGCAGGCUGAGCAACUGAUGGAAUAUUAUAGGAAGAAGGUGUCACGCUGGGAAAGACAUAUGAAAUACUACAGUGAAGCCGCAGCCAUCUCCAACAUGACUGUGACUGAGCAUGAAGUGACCUUUGACCCUGAUGCCAGCUGGCUGAAGUUCCAUCUGGGAAUAAGUCGCUAUGCUCUGUACUCCCGUGAUGACCCUACUGUCCCACAACUCCUCAAAGACAUGCAGAGCAUGACGGUCGUCAGCGCAGAUUACACUCAAGAUGAGAAGGCUCUAAAAGGAGCAUGCGAUUGUACUCAAGUGGUGAAGCCCAGUGGACACCACCUUAAAUUGGCUCUGAAGAUGCGCAACUUUGCCAAGGCCAUGUUCAAACCAAUGAGGCAGCAGAGGGAUGAUGUGACUCCAGAAGACUUCUUCUACUUCAUUGAUUUCCAGAGACACAACGCAGAGAUCGCUGCCUUUCACCUGGACAGGAUCCUGGACUUCCGCAGGGUCCCACCAGUGGCUGGCAGGCUGGUGAACAUCUCAGCAGAAGUCCUCCAAGUGACCCACAACGAUGACCUACGAGCUGUCUUCUUCACCUCACCAGCGAACAACACGUGUUUCUUUGCCAAGUGCCUGUACGUGUGCAAGACAGAGUAUGCAGUGUGUGGGAGCCCCGACCUGCUGGAGGGCUCCUUGUCUGCUUACCUGCCUGGACUCAGCAUUGCUCCCCGCAUCUCCAUCCCCAACCCCUGGAUACGCUCCUACACCUUCACCGGACGAGAGGAGUGGGAAGUGAAUCCUUUCUACUGUGACACUGUAAAGCAGCUUUAUCCUUACAACUCUGGCAAUAGGCUCCUCAACAUCAUAGAUAUGUCCAUCUUUGACUUCCUUACAGGCAACAUGGACAGGCACCACUACGAGAUUUUCACCAAAUUUGGGGAUGAAGGAUUCCUUCUUCACUUGGACAAUGCAAGAGGGUUUGGGAAACAUUCUCAUGAUGAAAUGUCCAUCCUUGCUCCACUAUCUCAGUGCUGCAUGAUAAAGCGCUCCACUCUUCUGAGGCUACAGCUCUUGUCUCGACCAGAGUUCAGGCUCAGCGACCUGAUGAGGGAGUCCCUGCAAGGAGACCCUUUACGUCCGAUCCUGACAGAGCCCCACCUCUUAGCCCUGGACCGUAGAUUACAGAAGGUCCUCCGAACGGUCCAGCGCUGCAUCCGGAGGCUGGGUGAGGAAGAGGUCAUCACCAAAGACUUUGUCAAAUCCACAGCGGGACCUCAGACUGACACAGAUAUGACAAAGGCCAGGUAACAAAGGAAGAAAGAAAGACUCAUCUCUACAGAAGACUUAUGAGCAAACGAGGCUCAGAUGGUUUCGAUUUAAGGAACAAGCCAUAGAUGGAAGAUGCUGUGAAAUCUUCAGAGGAGGUACGAGGGGGGGGCUUGUCAGAGAGCGAAGGAAUCUCAUUUGGGAGGUUCAGGACAUGAAUCACUGCAGGCCUCAAAUUCCAACUGCCCUUUAUUUCCUUUUGUUUCUCUCAUGGUCAUAAAUGAUUUUAUGACAAGGCUCUCAUUUUUAUGUGCAUGUAGAUCAGGGGUUUAGAGGUUUAAACAGUUAAAUUAAGGACUUUAGAGUCAUUUGAGACUUUUUUCAGUUGGUAAAUUAGUUGGGAGAGUGGCCAUUAAUCUGGGAAUAUGGGAGAUGUCAUUAGUUUGGAGAGUUUUUAAAGACCUGCAGACAUUGAUACAUGAAGCCAUACGAGCUCUCUCACUGUAAUACUCCUCAAAAUCAGCAGUGAAGUUGUUCAUGAGAGAGCUCUGAUGCACUGGAUAAAAUGUUUGGACUUUAUCAAAUGAAUGCUGGUGAAUAUUGUGAAUGUGGAAAGAAAGAUUUAUGUCCACUUGAUGUUAAAAUUAUAGAAUAAAGUUAUUUUGUGUGA